AUGAUAUUUGAUCAUAUCGACGAUAUCUUGGCUUUACCUCGUCAAGUUCUUGAAAAGAUCUGGUACUUCAUUUUCAAUUUCGGCGAUGUCGGCUACGAUGCAAAGAACGGUGCCAGGGAUGUCACCAACGAAGCCAUCAUUCGCCUAGCCAAAGCUCUCCCCAACCUCCGUACCGUCAGUCUUCCCAGCGCAGACAAAGUCGGCGACGAAGGCUUUCUCGCCUUGAUCUCCAACUGCCCGAACCUCAAGUUACUCGAGAUCACCCCCGGCAGCAGAUCAAGCAGCGUAACCAAAAUCACUGGGAAAGCGCUAGAUGCGUUUUGUGCCCAUCUAGAGUGGGCCCCGGGUCUCAAGCAAAUACUUAUCAAGAAUGAUGAGUCGAACAAGGAGUUUAUGAAGUCGGUGCGUGAGCUGAGCAAGCAGAGGGAGAAGCUGGUGGUUACGCUGCUUAAACGCUGA